UGUCUCUUCCUAGCUUUUGGUUGUAGUAAAUCUGGGUUCUUUAAAAUAAUAUAUUUACGGGUAUUUUGGCAAGAUGAUAUUGAAUUAUAUUAAUAAUAUAAUAUGUUUUGACCGUUUGUUAGUGAAUGAUGAAACUUCUUGACCAUAAGCUUUGAAUUGCAGCUAACUUAAAGAAUACUUACUUAAGCGAAGUUUUCGUCAGCCGUGACGGAUCCUUGGAGAAGUUUGCACUAACUAUCCACUAAUCUAAAUCAAAUAUGUCUGCCUUAUUUUAUUAAUUAAGGUUAUAAAAUAACCAUUAACGUCUUAUCAUUACUCAUUUUACAACGUUGAAGGGGAAGUGAAAAUAUAUCCAUGAAUUAUUAUUGUAAAUUUCAAGAGAUUCAAGUAGAAGUUAACUUUUGUAUGAAAUAUAUUUUUUGUUAUCAGUGAAUUUUCUCAAAUUACCAAAUCGAAUAUUUUUUUGAAAUGUCUUGUAGAUAAUAAACCAUGUAUUUGAGUAAGUGAUGAAAAUCUAACCUGGUGUACCUUUGGGAUUGGCAGGAAACAAUAAUAAAUCAUGUAUGGCUAUUAUUACUAACUCAUUAAUGUAUAAUUUACAGGAUCAGGGAAAAAGUAAACAAUUUUUUGGAGGAACAUAACAUUGAUGGGGCCGGCUGCCGGAAGUGUGUGUUCUGGAGUCGAGGCAAGAGGCGAUACUGGAGCAGCUGAGUCAGUUGAAGAAACAGAUGGCAGCCCUGCGUCUGGAGCUGAGCCAGUCCCCGCCAGCAUCGCGCGCCAAGAGAACCACGUCAACCGGAAGUCCCUCGCAGGGGCUCAGGAUGGAGCAGGUCGGUGCGGUGCACGACGUGGUGCUGAGCGCCAGCCCCAGCCGCCCGCCCUACGCCGUGCUGGCGCUCUCCCGGCUGUGGGGCGAGGCCCUGAGGCUGACCGUGAGCUGCCACGUGCACUCCUCAGUCGCCCGCCUGCCGUCCCACCUCGCGGGCCUCCAGCCGCCCCCCUCCGCCCCCUCCGCGGACCAGGCAGCGCCCCGCCUCAACAUCACCCUCAUCUGGAAGGACGCGGGGGCCGACACGGAGCUGGUGGUGUCGCCCCUGAGGCACGUGGCGGUGCGCGGGGAGCCCAACGCGCUGCGCUACCUCAUGAGGCUGGGCCCGCCCCACCUCAACUACGAGCUGACGGAGGACGCUGCCACGGCCACCGCGCUGGACGGCGUGAUCGAUGCGAGCUGCCUCGCCGCGCGGGGGGAGCCCCGGGCGCUGCUGGCGCUCCUGGGCGCACGGCUCAGCGGCGCGGGCUUCCUGCUGGGACGCCGGGGCCUCUCCGUGGCCGACCUGGCGGCGUGGUCCGCGCUGCGCCAGCUGGGGGCCGCCCCCGGUCCCCGGGUCGCCGCCUGGUUCCACCUCUGCUCCGCCACCCUCCAGCCGGAUGCGUGAUGAAAUUGUUUGAAGAGUGAAGCAAGGAAACAUAAAUUGUCUUCCAAAGACUGUAUAACUUUUAAAUAUUUAAUAAAUGUUGGAUGAUUA